CCGCGCGUGCGCCGGCUGGCGGCGGGGGCGGGGCCUGCGCCGGCGGCGCGUUCGAUUCGAACGGCUGUGCCGGGAAGUUGAGGGGAGUAGAGCGGCGCGGCAUGGCCGCCCCGUGGGCCGUGCUCCGCCAGUGCCCGCUGCUGCUGCCGCAGAACCGGGAGGGCACGGCCUACGAGGGCUUCCUCACCGCGCAGGGUAGAGACUUCCAUGUCAGGAUACUGCUACCAAUGGAUUUUCAACUGAAAAAUGCAAGGAUAGAGUGUAGCUGGCACCUAAAGAAGAUACUGCAUGGAUAUCAGCAUAUUUUAAAGCAGAGGCUGCACAGCUGUCCGGAUCUUGUCAGUUUUUUGGUGGAGCUGAAAACUGUUAUGGAAAUUGCCUUAAAGAAUACACCAGAGCUGCAUAUACCACGGCCGCCAGAAUACUACUCCUGUCUUGUCAGAGAUAUAGAAAUAUUGGGUUGGAAUAAUUUUCUUUUCUUUUCCAGAGUUGCAUAUGUGGAUACUGGUCUUACCACAGUCAAACUAAAAGCUGAAGACUCGUGUGGUCGACAACAUCUAAUCACUCUGAAGUUAAAUGCAAAGUAUCCUACAGAACCACCAGAUUGUCUUGUGGAUUUUCCUGUUCAGUUUGCUGUUUCUUGGAUGCCACAGAACUCCCUAAUAGACAUUCAUAGCCAGUUCUUGGCAGCAUUAGAAUCACUGAAAGAGUUCUGGGAUGCUAUGGAUGAAAUAGAUGGGAACACAUGGGUCCUUGAGCCCGAAAAUCCCACACGGAGUGCCACAACAAGAAGAAUUGCAAUAGGCAGCAAUGUUUCAGUAAACAUAGAGGUAGAUCCUAGGCAUCCAAACAUGCUUCCGGAGUGUUAUUUUCUUGGAGCAGAUCAUGUGGUUAAUCCUUUGAGAAUUAAGCUGAACAACAACAUGCACUUGUGGGAUCCAGAAAUCAGCCUAUUACAAAACUUGAAAGACGUCUUAGAAAUUGACUUUCCAUCUCGUGCUGUGUUAGAAAAAAGUGAUUUUACGAAGGACUGUGGAAUCUGCUAUGCCUAUCGACUUGAUGGCACUAUUCCAGAUCAAGUGUGUGAUGAUCCCCGAUGUGGACAGCCUUUUCACCAGGCUUGCCUGUAUGAGUGGCUGCAAGGUCUUCCUUCUAGCAGACAGAGUUUUAAUGUCAUCUUUGGUGAAUGUCCAUAUUGUAAUAAGCCCCUGACAUUGAAGUCCUCCAUGAAGAAACUUUGAAAAAUAGAAAAACAGCUUGAUAUGAACACCACUGCACUUAAACUGAAGACAUUUGAAGCAGUUGCAUCAAAGAAAAUACAAGGAAAGUGAUAUUAAUAAUAGAAGCACAAGUAUAGUUAUACCGUAGCAGUAUAUUUCUCCAGUAAAUGCAAGCCUAAAUCUAGUGGGUAUAAAAGAACUAGUAAUACCAAAACUGGUUUCUUGCAAAAAUACUAGAUUAUCUGUACUUAAGUGUUGAUCUUGUUUCUUUUUGUCUUCCCAGAAUACUGCUUGAGAGUGCAGGUGUGGUAAUUCUCUUCCAGUCUCUCUCUGCAGGUUAAAAAAAACCACACACAAACAAACAAAAAGCAAAGAACUUAGUAUCUGAGUGAGUGAGAGUUGAAUCAGAAAAACAAAGAUACUGAAGAUGGCAUCUAGGUAAUAAAGUUAUCCCUGAGAAGGCAAUGCGGUUUUGACAAGGUCUUAACUCUGGAAUUUGCAUGAAUUUAGUCAGGGUUAUUCAUUUUAAAUGCAUUAUGACUCAGCCUUUGAGACAGCAAUACUCCAUAUUUAUUACUGAAAUCAACCACUGAUGUUCCUCUGUAUCUUUAGUUUUUGUUCCCAACAGUGUUAAUACAUAAAGUAUUCACAGUGCUCCUGCUAAUAAAGUUUUAGCCUGGAAACCUAGACAAUA